GAAAAUAAUCUUUUAAACAGCUCCAACCCAAGCACCUUUAGAUGUCAGUGCAAAACCUCACAGCGAGACCAGCAUCCGAAUUACAUGGAACAAAGUCGAUGCAUGUCACAGAAAUGGGAAAAUAGUUGGAUACAACGUAGAAAUGUAUAACAGCACCUCGGGUCAAAAAUGGUAUAAGGAUGUCAACUAUACGACUCCGGGUGAAGCGAUAGAGGAAAAUCUCGUGUACGCGAAUUACAGUGUUAGAGUCAGGGCUAGAACGAAAGCUGGGGAAGGACCCUACAGCGAGUGGCAUAAUACUACAACACAUAAACCAGCACCGACCUUUGUUCCACAAAUUAUUACUGCCACAGCCACGGGAAAUACAACCAUCAACGUGAAGUGGAAUUGCACAGGCACCCCAUCAAAUGCCGAUUACGAAGGAUACAAGGUUCGGUACGGACUGCGUAUCCCCAGGAGCCAUCUAAGCACAGAAGUAGACCGCAAACCCUGCGAAGCAAACUUAACUCGUCUCAAACCGUUCACUGAAUAUUUUAUCAGAGUAGCGGCUCGCACAACACAAGAAGGGAACUACAGCAAAGAGCUAUCCGUUACGACUCACGAAGGAGUGCCUACAGCAGCGCCUGAUGUCACAUGGGAAAUCCUGCACUCUUCCGAAGUCCGCAUCUCUUGGCAACGCAUUCCCAAACCCAACCAUAGCGGCAUAAUCCAGGGUUACCACAUUGAGUACCACCCUGAAGAUAACAAAACUGCUGUUCUGAAAGAAGAUAUAAAAAAUGAGAAAUUACUUUCUACUGUUCUUAAGUCACUGAAGAAAUUUUCGCAAUACAACAUUAAGGUGUCCGCGUAUACCUCAGUGGGAGACGGGCCGGCUGAUAGCGAAACAUUCCAGACGGGUGAUGAUAUUCCCAGUGCAGCUCCAAUAAACCUAACAGCUAUCAAUUCAGUCUCACCACACAAAAUCAAUGUGACCUGGAAACCAGUUCCCUCAGGGUACAUGAACGGGGACUUGGUUGAUUAUGAAGUGAACUACCAGCGAGUGAAGAUCGGUGGUGUACCAAUAGAUUAUGAACCUGUUAGGUCCAGGAUUACAAUGAAUACCACAUUGACUUUAGAAAACCUUGACCCAUAUUCUGAGUACGAAAUUACCGUCGCAGCCAGGACGAAGAAAGGACUGGGCCCCAGAACGUUGGCUUCAUAUGGUGAAACAUGUCCCUGCGAAAGAAGUUUCACGACUAGUUGGAGGCGAUACGAACCGUAUGUUAAUUUCACAAAAGACAAUGAACCUGGUGAGAUAAUUCCGCUCGUACUGCGUUCCAUGGUCCGAGAAUGUUGCGGAAAAUGCCAGAGUUAUGGUCAGGUGGAGCUGGACUUCAAACACGAUGGCAGAUCGAAUUCAUCGGAGCGCAACUCUAAUCAAGAUCUCCUCGAUAAUUUGGAUGAAUCCACCGAUUUUACUUUCCCUGUUUCUGGUUACAAAGAGCAAGACAGUUACAAAGGUGGAUACGGCUUUGCUCCAGUCAUCGAAUCUGCCGGUGUUGCGUUUAUUGUUUACCCCGAAAAAACACAAAACCAGAACACUAUGUAUCAGUCACUGCUUCUUUGUUUGCCCGUAUUGGGUUUGCCAAUAAUUACAGCUUACAUCGCCGGUGUUAUCAUAUGGUGUUUGGAGAGAAGUCGAAAUCCACAUGACUUUCCACCAUCGUUUAUUCUCGGGACUUGGGAGGGAAUUUGGUGGUCGUUCGUUUCUAUGACAACGCUUGGGUAUGGCGACCGCGCCCCUCUGAGCCCCAGGGGACGGUUUUUUGCUAUAGCUUGGGUACUGUUUGGACUAGUAAUCAUUUCGCUUACCAUGGCUAUGAUCGCCGCAGCACUAACAUCGAUUACUCUGAAGAGUGAAAUAAAGCUGUACGGAAGUAAGGUCGCAGCUGAGUUCAAUUCUCCCGAGUAUAACGUGGGCAUGAGACGAAAUGCUAAAAUUGAUCCAGACAAGCCUUAUUACAGCGUCGAUGAGAUGACAGAGGCACUUCUGAACAAGGAGGUCGAAGGGAUCUUAGUGGAUACUUAUUCGGCGGGCCUGCGAGGCGAUCUCUUCAAUCGACCCGAGUUACGAGUCAAUCAGAUCAUUGACUACAAGACCGCAUACGGCGUGGUACUCGGUCGUCACGCUACCCAACUUGGCAAGUGUUUCGAGCGCUACUUAACUUCGAACAGGGCGGAGAUUUUCGAGAUGAUCAAAAGAAAAGCUAAGCCAAUCGAGACUUCUGGUUCCGGGGAAACGGCCGAAGAAGACGCGUCAGGCGGCCUGUUGGACAGCGGUUCCCCUACGUUCCUGAAGGCCCUGAGAUACGCAUGCGUAUCAUUAGGAAUUGCCCUUGUCUUCUCGCUCAUAUACGAAUGCAUACGUUGUAUAAGAACAAGGCAAAAGGUUCACCAAAAUGAGAGCCAUAAGGCAAAGCUUCAAGAGGAAAUGCAUGCCUUGGUUGGAGAGUUAAACAAGCGUGUGCUACAGAUCAAGAUGAAAUUAAGGGAGAAGCAUGUCAAACAGAUCAUCAAGUAUUGGAAGCUGCAAAGAAAAUCGAUGCGCGAAACUGGGAUGGAAAAAGAAUGGUUGAGGAUUUCCACUGCGUCUCCACACAAUAGGGAACUCACUAUAUCUGAGAUAUAAAUAUUUAAGCUUUUUAAUAUAUGAUCAAGUUUGUGUGACCCCAAACAGCUUCGCAUCCACGGAACGACACUAUUUUUUAAGAAUAACAGCCCAUUUCCGAACUACCUUAAGCCUCUUUUAAAGCGAGUCCUGGUGCUCAUCAUUUCAUAU